UCUCGCGCAGGGAGAGCCGCAGGGAGCGCGCGAAGCUAGCGCCCCGAGAGGAAGAGGCGCGCGGUUGCCCCUCCGCCAAGCCCCCAGCCCCGAGACGGGGACAGACAGACUGAUUUGGGAAGGCAACCGGACAGAGGCGAGCCCACAGGACCCUGGCUGUGGCCGAGAGACUUGGCUGGGACGGAGCCUCGCACGAAAGCGGAGGUGGCGGCCCCCGGGUGGCGGCGAGGCUCUCGGAGAGGCGAACGGCUUGCGUGUUCAGGACCCGGUUCGCGUUCCCGCCAGGUUUCCGCAAGCUCGCUCCGCCGGGUGGUGGCUGCUAGAAGUCACCCAGCAGGUGUCAGGGCUCCGGGCGGCAGAACGUCUCCCCACCCCGCCACGCGGCCCCCCUCCUCCGCCGGCAGGGCGGCCCCACGGCCUGCCAGACCAGACCCUUCUCCCCGGAGCCAUCUGCAGAAGCCAGGACUGGGCACAAGGCAGGGCUGGCACAAUGGCAGCAACCAGGCUGUGCGGGUGGGGAGCACGCCUGCUUGUGACGCUCCUCUUCUUGGGAUUUCGCCUGGACACACUAGAGGUGUGCCCCAGCCUGGACAUCCGCUCCGAGGUGGCAGAGCUGCGCCGGCUGGAGAACUGCAGCGUGGUGGAGGGCCAUCUGCAGAUCUUGCUCAUGUUCACGGCCACGGGCGACGACUUCCGCGGCCUCAGCUUCCCGCGCCUCACUCAGGUCACUGACUACCUGCUACUCUUCCGUGUCUACGGUCUGGAGAGCCUGCGGGACCUCUUCCCCAACCUGUCGGUGGUCCGUGGCGCCCGCCUCUUCCUGGGCUACGCGCUGGUCAUCUACGAGAUGCCGCACCUGCGGGACGUGGGGCUGCCGGCGCUAGGGGCCGUGCUGCGUGGGGCCGUGCGGGUGGAGAAGAACCAGGAGCUCUGCCACCUCUCCACCAUCGACUGGGGCCUGCUGCAGCCCUCGCCUGGCGCCAACCACAUCGUGGGCAACAAGCUGCGUGAGGAGUGUGCAGACGUGUGCCCCGGCGUGCUGGGCGCCAUGGGCCAGCCCUGCGCCAGGACCACCUUCAGUGGGCACACCGACUAUAGGUGCUGGACCUCCAGCCACUGCCAGAGAGUGUGUCCCUGUCCCCAUGGGCUGUCCUGCACAGCCGGGGGUGAGUGCUGCCACACCGAAUGCCUGGGGGGCUGCAGCCGGCCAGAAGACCCCCGGGCCUGCGUGGCCUGUCGCCACCUCUACUUCCAGGGCACCUGCCACCGGGCCUGCCCUCCAGGCACCUACCAGCAUGAGUCCUGGCGCUGUGUCACGGCAGAGCGCUGUGCCAGCCUGCGCUCCGUGCCCGGCCGCGCCUCCACCUUCGGCAUCCACGGGGGCAGCUGCCUGGCCCAGUGCCCCCCGGGCUUCACCCGCAAUGGCAGCAGCAUAUUCUGCCACAAGUGUGAGGGGCUGUGCCCCAAAGAGUGCAAGGUGGGCACCAAGACCAUCGACUCCAUUCAGGCGGCACAGGACCUGGUGGGCUGCACCCACGUGGAGGGGAGCCUCAUCGUCAACCUUCGCCAGGGCUAUAACCUAGAGCUGGAACUGCAGCACAGCCUGGGGCUGAUAGAGACCAUCACCGGCUUCCUCAAAAUCAAGCACUCCUUUGCCCUCGUGUCCCUGGGCUUUUUCAAGAACCUCAAACUAAUCCGGGGGGAUGCAAUGGUGGAUGGGAACUACACUCUGUAUGUGUUGGACAACCAGAACCUGCAGCAGCUGGGGUCCUGGGUGGCUGCGGGGCUCGCCAUUCCCGUGGGCAAGAUAUACUUCGCCUUCAACCCUCGCCUCUGCUUGGAGCACAUCUACCGCCUGGAGGAGGUGACCGGCACGCGGGGACGGCAAAACAAGGCUGAGAUCAACCCCCGCACCAACGGAGACCGCGCCGCCUGCCAGACUCGCACCCUGCGAUUCGUGUCCAACGUGACGCAGGCCGACAGCAUCUUGCUGCGCUGGGAGCGCUACGAGCCGCUGGAGGCUCGGGACCUGCUCAGCUUCAUCGUGUACUACAAGGAGUCCCCAUUCCAGAAUGCCACAGAGCACAUAGGCCCAGAUGCCUGUGGUACCCAGAGCUGGAACCUCCUGGAUGUGGAGCUGCCCUUAAGCCGCACCCAAGAACCCGGGGUGACUCUAGCGCCCCUCAAGCCCUGGACACAGUAUGCAGUGUUUGUGCGGGCCAUCACACUGACCACUGCUGAGGACAGCCCCCACCAAGGAGCCCAGAGCCCCAUCGUCUACCUCCGAACCCUGCCUGCUGCGCCCACAGUGCCCCAGGACGUCAUCUCCACGUCCAAUUCCUCGUCCCACCUGCUGGUGCGCUGGAAGCCACCGACUCAGCGCAACGGAAACAUCACCUACUACCUGGUGCUGUGGCAGCGUCUGGCGGAGGACGGCGACCUCUAUCUCAACGACUACUGCCACCGCGGCUUGCGGCUGCCCACCAGCAACAGCGACCCCCGCUUCGACGGCGAAGACGGGGAACUGGAGACCGAGAUGGAGCCUGGCUGCUGCCCUUGCCAGCACCCCCCUCCCGGGCAGGUCCUGCCGCCGCUGGAGGCGCAAGAGGCCUCGUUCCAGAAGAAGUUCGAAAACUUCCUGCACAACGCCAUCACCAUCCCCAAAUCCCCCUGGAAGGUGACGUCCAUCCAUAAGAGCCCUCAAAGAGACUCGGGGAGGCACCGCCGGUCCGCCCGGGCCCUCCGGCUUGGGGGAAACAGCUCGGAUUUCGAGAUCCAGGAAGACAAAGUGCCCCGGGAGCGCGCAGUGUUGAGCGGCCUGCGCCACUUCACGGAAUACCGGAUCGACAUCCACGCCUGCAACCACGCGGCGCACACCGUGGGCUGCAGCGCUGCCACCUUCGUCUUCGCGCGGACCAUGCCCCACAGAGAAGCCGAUGGCAUCCCAGGGAAGGUGGCCUGGGAAGCAGCCAGCAAAAGCAGCGUCCUCCUGCGCUGGCUGGAGCCCCCGGACCCCAACGGCCUCAUCCUCAAGUAUGAAAUCAAGUACCGCCGCUUGGGAGAGGAGGCCACAGUGCUGUGUGUGUCCCGCCUACGUUAUGCCAAGUUUGGGGGUGUCCAGCUGGCCCUGUUACCCCCUGGAAACUACUCCGCCAGAGUUCGGGCAACCUCGCUGGCUGGCAAUGGCUCCUGGACAGAAAGCAUCGCUUUCUACGUCCCCGGCCCAGAGGAGGAAGAUUCCGGGGGGCUGCACGUCCUUCUCACCGUCACCCCCGUGGGUCUCAUGCUGCUCAUCAUCCUUGCUGCCCUGGGUUUCUUCUACGGCAGGAAGAGAAACAGCACCCUGUAUGCUUCUGUGAACCCGGAGUACUUCAGCGCCUCUGAUAUGUACAUCCCUGAUGAGUGGGAGGUGCCUCGGGAGCAGAUCUCCAUAAUCCGGGAACUGGGCCAGGGCUCCUUCGGGAUGGUAUACGAGGGACUGGCACAAGGACUAGAGGCUGGAGAGGAGUCCACACCCGUGGCCCUGAAGACCGUGAAUGAGCUGGCCAGCCCACGAGAACGCAUUGAGUUCCUCAAGGAAGCUUCUGUUAUGAAGGCAUUCAAGUGUCACCACGUGGUACGUCUCCUGGGUGUGGUGUCUCAGGGCCAGCCAACUUUGGUCAUCAUGGAGUUAAUGACCCGUGGGGACCUCAAGAGCCAUCUUCGAUCCCUGCGGCCUGAGGCAGAGAACAACCCAGGGCUCCCACAGCCCGCGCUGGGAGACAUGAUCCAGAUGGCUGGUGAGAUCGCAGAUGGCAUGGCCUACCUGGCCGCCAACAAGUUUGUGCACCGAGAUCUGGCGGCCCGGAACUGCAUGGUGUCCCAGGACUUCACCGUCAAGAUCGGGGACUUCGGGAUGACUCGAGACGUGUAUGAGACAGACUAUUACCGCAAGGGCGGGAAGGGGCUGCUGCCCGUGCGCUGGAUGGCCCCCGAGUCCCUCAAAGAUGGAAUCUUCACCACGCACUCGGAUGUCUGGUCCUUCGGUGUGGUGCUCUGGGAGAUCGUGACCCUGGCCGAACAGCCCUACCAGGGCUUAUCCAACGAGCAGGUGCUCAAGUUUGUCAUGGAUGGUGGGGUCCUGGAGGAGCUGGAGAGCUGUCCCCUUCAGCUGCAGGAGCUGAUGAGCCGCUGCUGGCAGCAGAGCCCGCGCCUGCGCCCCACCUUCACCCACAUCCUGGACAGCAUUCGGGGGGAACUGCGGCCCUCUUUCCGCCUCUUUUCCUUCUAUUAUAGCCCAGAGUGCCGGGGGAACCAGGGGGCCCUGCUGCCUGAUGCCAAACCCGACUCCCUACCCGCCCCAGAAGGGACUUCCUCAGACUGCAGCCCCCAAAAUGGGGGUCCAGGGCACUGAGGGGCACCCUAUUCCCCGCAUGACUGGCAAAGAAGAGGGGUCCUGACUUUUGUGGCCGUGAAGUAUGCAGAUGUUCACACCCCCUCCCAUGCUCAGAAAGGCCAGGGGGUGGCCCAGGCUGGGCCAGGGAGCAGAAGAGCAAAGAUGGGGUUGGGGGGGUCACAGCGGACUCGCUGUAAGGAAGAUUUUCUCAGGAGUCCGAGUUCUCCAUGAGAAAGUGAGCAAAGUCACGGCAGGAACACUGGACGAGAGGUCCAGGCUUUCAGAGUGGGGGCCCUACUCAGACUGGGAAGAGGGGCUCACCCACCUGGAAGGCGGGGUCCGGAGAACCCCACCCUCAGCUUUGGGUCUCCUGUGGACAUGUGGGGCCAUCAACGCUCUCAAAACCAGAAGAGCACCCUGCGUCAGGCCUAGAAGCCUAUCUGCCCAUGUCUGGGAUGCUGGGGAUGGGGGUCCACAGCACUGCCCUUAGCGCGGUGUCUCAGCGCACCCCCCGCCCCGCCCCAUGCAUCAGGUGGUGGGGGAGAACCCAGAGACCAGGGUGAACACGGUCCCCAGCCCGCCUCACCCCUUCCUCUCCUUUGCCAUGCUCAGGAACCCCAAGUGUGGUGCUCCUCCUCCCUCGUCCCCAGGGGCGUCCCUUGGUGCAGAUUCACCCCUUCUCCCAGGCCCUUCCCCUCGACCUCCUGCCUGCUCGUGGAUGAUUAAGGCUGUAAGAGCCUUGCCUCCUCCCCGCCCUGCUCCUGCCCCUACCCCUGCCUCUCACGGGAAGGCUGGAGAAGACACAAUAAAUGCUCAGGUCUGUUUGUGCCCUGG